ACCAGUUGAUAGAGAGCCGGCGCGUGCGCACCACGCGUCAGACAAUCCUAACCCAAUGAGAUCGCGAACGCGACGUUUGUCUCAAAGUCUUUUUGUUCAAAAAAUCAUUUAAAUGGAAGUAUUGAGGACACGCCUCAUUUCCCAUUGUACUGAUUUUAACAUACUGUGACUAUGCAUUGUUACUUCACAAAGAAGUGUUAGUUCUACUUUCUUAAAUACACCAAACAAUCCUUGUGACUGAAUUCUAAGUUUUGAAUUUCAAAAAAAGGCAAAAUUUCUGAAGGUGCCCGAUACUGGGAUGAAAAAUGUUUAAACAGCAACUAUUGUUAUUGGUAUGUGCUUGCGGGGCUCUAGCGGCGCUCGACGGGUACAGUCCGCAGCAGGACCCGGACCAGUUUCACAUACAAACAGAUGAGGAUGACGAACGCUACUUCUUGUACCAGACGCACAACGGCCAGUACCGUAAGGAACGCAGACUGAAGGACGGAUCCGUUGUUGGGACGACAGGUUGGGUUGGUGCCGAUGGGUACUUACGACUGCAGGACUACAUAGCUGACCAAGAUGGCUACAGAAUCUACAAAUCUAAAACGGUGUUUGUGGGACAGAAUCGCCCAAUUGGUGAAUCACUGAAAAUUGCAAAGACUGCUCCGACGGAUUCUGGCUUCGGUGUCACACCUGCACCUCCCGUACAUCAAGCCCGGGGCCCUCGUCCGAUCAGCUCGACCACACCAACACCGUUCCCAUCAUCUUCACGGCACCCCCCAUCCUUCACAGCUGAAGUUUCAGUGACUCCUCCACCACGCGCAUACUCUAGCCCAACACCAACCCCUCAAGUUCAUGUAUCACCAAAUUCAGUUGGCUUGUCUACCACUUUCAACUUCAAGCCCACAGUUCCACCAAUCACCAAUAGUGAAGCGUCACCUUCUCCAAAUCCAUAUGAUUACGAUUCAUCGAAUACUAAUACAAUCGAUGAUGGUUACUACGCAAGCGACAGCACUCGCUUGGACGUAUUCAAUCCUAACUCAUACAGGCAUGCUGAUGAAUGGCUAAGAAGACAACGCCCUGGCGUAAGGCUCGGUGACGGAUACACGCCGCAAUUUUCACAAUAUGAUGGCGUCGCCUUCAGACAAAAUGGAUUUAGGUACUACUUACCCAAACAGUAUCACGAAGAAGAUUCGAGUAAUUCUAAUGAACGAACUGGAAGCUUCGGUUACAUCGAUCCCUUUGGCAUACGUCGUGUUAUUUAUUACAAUACUGCUCCAGGAGAAGGCUUCCAAGUUCGCAAAAACAACAGAUACGUCGGGCACGAUGCAACUCCAUACGACCCGCGGCCUGUAGUUUGAUGUACAUGUCUACAGCUAGAAGGUCUCUCAAGAUACCACCUAAUGUGAUAUAUAAAAAAUUGGUGCGUAACUGUGUGUGAAUUUUCCUGCGAUAUGGUAGACCUAACAUAUUAUGGUCUUAUUUAGGGAUUGAAGUUACCUAAUGUUUAUUUAUCAGUAUUGUUAGACACAAGGACUGAAUUCGUAAGAGGCGAAACGAUUGAUCAUUCGAACGAAGCGAACGUCUUAGCCAUUAAUUUGAAUUAAGCUUAGAAUAAAUUUAUCGACAUAUUUAAUGCUAUGUCUAACAAGGUUACCUUUUGAGUACCUAAUUCAUUAAGAUCAAGAUCUUAACUCUAAAGAGUGUAAUUUGUAAAAGUUAUCAUUUAUCAAUCUCAGUGCCAUUACUUACUUUGAGAUAUUAUUUCGGCAGUAUACUUACUAUCAAACACAACAUUAUACCUAUGAUUAUUUUAAAAAAUGUAGCCAUUACAAUUUAUUUAUAAAGUAUAUUUUAUUUUAAAAAUACAAAACAAUAUAAAAGCAAAGCAAGCAUGCAUAUUUGGAAUAGUGAUUCACAUUUUGCACCAAUAUGGAUAUUAGAGGAUUUAUUUACAAAACAAGUCAUCGAACUCAUUAAAUUAGAUACACAUAAUGUUAUUUAAAUUUAUGUAACGGUACCUACCAAUGUAGAAUGUGAAUAUAUAAUACACCUACUGAUUUGGUCAAAAAAUAUCUAGAUCUGACAACAUAUUUUUUCAGUAUUUUGUUAUACCUAUUUGCAGAUAGGAUACCUAUAAUUACGACAUAAUUUCUAAUAAAAAAAACCUAUUCACUUUACAAAGUACGAUUAUUGUAAAUAACGAAAGUCAUUCUUAAAUGUUUAAGCUGGGGGUAAGUUUUAUAAUAAUGGAUGUCACUGCUAAUAAUUUGCUAUUUUCAGCUGUUGCAGUCACAGCCCAAAAUAUGACAAAUAUCAACUUGUUGCAGUGACUUGACUACCAAAUGGGUAUUAAUUUAAAAUAUUAAUAAACAGAGGAUUUAUAUUACUGUAACAAAUAUAAUUAGUGUUCUAUUUGUAUACCUACACAAACUUUUGUUGUAUUAUCCCAUUCACGAAAUUUAUAUUUAUCUACUUCCUAACAUAUUAUAUAUAUUAUUGUGUAAACUAAUCACCUAUCUACACUUAAAGUUAUUUAUUUUAGUAAUAAAAAUGUUAACUUGUA